ACUUUACUGAUCCCCCAUUGGGAUAAAUUUCUUUGUUACAGCAGCUCAAAACAGUAGUAUAAUUAGUAAAAAUAGCAAAAAGUUAAAAAACAAACAUAUUUACAUUAAUUAAAUAAAGCAAGAAAAUUACAAUAGAGAUAACAUGAUACUAGGCAUAUACUAUAAACACUUUCACUUGUGGAAAGACAGAGGACAGUUCUGAUUAAAAACACACAGUGUGUAGAAUGACUGAUUGUGAUCAACAGUAUUAGAGUCUGAACAUUAUUAGAGUCAAUGAAAUAGAAUGCAUUUACAAUAACGCUUUGCAAACUCCACAACAUGAAUGCAAAAGGAGUGAAAAGAUGUCCGUCAGGAACACGUUCAUGUGUCCGUCUGUGAUAACGGUCCAUCGGAAACACCUACCAGAUCCUAGGGGCUUCAACUCCUUUGCAUUCAUGUUGUGGAGUUUGCAAAGCGUUUUUCACAAAUGCAUUCGCCUGACACCUCGCAGGUAUGUGUGCAUACUUCAUCAUGGUUCUUUUCUCCCUCCUUCUCGUCUUUGUGUCUCUCUCGCAGCUUGUCUCCUGUCAUUCUGUCUGUCUGCAGUUUAGCUGCACUGUCGUGUUUAUAACACAUUAACCUACCGUUGAGUUGUUAUUCACGAUUCCCAGUAUGCCACUGAAAAACACAAACACAUCAGACACACAGGAGCAUAAUCAGACUACACGCACACACACAAACACCUCUCAGGUGGCAGUACGGGGUAGUGUCACCUCAUGAGUGUGUCACAUGUUCGUUUCCAUUCUUCAUCCAGUCGGCUCUCUUCAUUGCUCUAUCCACAUCUCGAUGUGUCAUCACUGCAGGACAGACUGAUCCCCAUCGUUUAAGGUCAUCAUUGUUUGACUCCAGGACACGCUUGUUUUUCUGCAAUCAGGUUUCGUCUGAUCCUAAACGAGACUCCCUGAAGACUCAUUACACUUCUUUGUUCAUGCCGUGGACGGGUUUGAAUCCGCCGCUGUGCAAUCUCUAACGAAUGUCAUAAAAUGAAGGAGGGUGCCACAACUCAACCUUGUGCUUUAGAAAUUACUUUCAAUUACUUCUAAAUUGAAAAAAAAAAAAAAUACAUUAGAAAGGGAAUGCAGUACAACCAAGAUGAGGUUUUUGAGAAAAGCCCACAGAGGGUUUCUAUUCCCCUUUUUCUCCGUCUGACUUUUCUUUCAAAAACGUGCAAAUAAACUGAAAAAAAAACCUGGAUGUCGGUUUAAAUAAACUUACCUGGAAACACUGAACACACAUUUGAUCUUUUCACUAUAACAUCCACAACUCAAGCUCCACUGACAACCUCUUUGUCGUGUGUAGGCUUCUUACUGCUCAAGGUAAGGAACAGAUACUGGUCUUAGUUAAAUGAAAAGAAUAACACUGAUUUAAAACUGACAUUUAUCCACAUUCAACAUCUUUCCUAACCUCUACCUUAGUGUUGUACAAGCCUUAACACUGUCACAGUCUUGAUCAGGGAUGCCAACCGCCUAAGUACUGCCCCCUACAUCCAAUCUGACCACUUCCCUGUGACAACAAAGAUUGAAGCAAAGUCCCUCUUUGGCAAAACACUUGAAGGUCACAUUUAAGCAGUUUAAAUAAGUCUCAGAGCUUCCUAAAACAUGUGUGUGAAGUUUCUUGUUCUAAAUCCACUCUGAUCCUGUAUUUGAUCAUGCCUAUAAACCCCUCUAUUUCAGCCCUGCUCAGAACAGGCUGUUUCUGUGUCUGUACCUUUAAAUAUGUAAAUGAGCUGUGUCUGACCACGCCCCCUCUCUGGAAGGGCUUGGUGUACUCGGUCUUUCUCGCUCCAUGUCCUAUUGUUUAAGGUAAGAAGGCAGACUCAGAGGGCAGAACAAACACCUAGCUGUGGGAGUGUCACCCACCUGGGGGAGGGGUUACUGCCCUUUGUGAUGUCAUGAAGGGAAAAUCAAACGGCCUGUUUGACCACACAUUUUCUGAAAAGUAGAGCAGGGAGAAGACGGAGAGGAUGGACUUUUCUCAUCAUUGGGGGGUUUGUAGACGGACUAGGGACACAUAUUAGAGUUAGAACAGCAUGGUGAAGUGAUUUUUGCAUAAUAUGUGACCUUUAAUUAUUUAGUAUUUUUAACAAGUAAUUGCAGCCUUGUAGUCCAAGCACCUGAUAAAAGAUGUGCAUUAGAGCAGUUUACACGCUGAUUUUUCUGUCCUCAUCAAAAGUGUAAGCCUGUGACCUUCUGAAACACACAGGUAUGCGUAUCCUGGUGAACCUGCUGUUGGACACCCUGCCCAUGCUGGGCAACGUGCUGCUGCUCUGCUUCUUUGUCUUCUUCAUCUUCGGCAUCAUCGGCGUGCAGCUGUGGGCUGGGCUACUGAGGAACCGCUGCUACCUGGAGGAGAACUUCACCCUCUCUUCAGGUAUGACCCUGCCCGCUCCGUAUUACCAGCCGGAGGAGGACGACGAGCGCCCCUUCAUCUGCUCCCUGGCCUCCGACAAUGGCAUCAUGUCAUGUACUGACGUGCCGGCGAGGCGAGAAGGAGGACGCACAUGCUGCCUGGACAGGGAGGACGCGCUCCACAGACAGUCUCUGGGCCUGAGUCCUGAGCCCAUGGCCAACGGCAGCGGCGCUGGUGAAGCACUGGGACUGUGCAUCAACUGGAACCAGUAUUACACUCGAUGCCACACGGGGAGUAGUAACCCACACAAAGGUGCCAUCAACUUUGACAAUAUAGUGUACGCCUGGAUCGUCAUUUUUCAGGUGAUCACUCUGGAGGGCUGGGUGGAGAUCAUGUAUUACGUCAUGGAUGCCCACUCCUUCUACAACUUCAUCUACUUCAUUUUACUCAUCAUUAUCGGUUCCUUCUUCAUGAUCAACCUGUGCCUGGUCGUCAUCGCCACCCAGUUCUCGGAGACCAAGCAGCGGGAGCACCAGCUGAUGCAGGAGCAGAGGGCGCAGUGCCUGUCCUCCUCCACCCUGGCCAGCAUGGCGGAGCCGGGAGACUGCUACGAGGAGAUCUUCCAGCUGGUCUGCCACGUCCUCCGCAAGGCCAAGAGGAGGUCUGCGGCUUUCUACUACACGCUCAGGGGUAAGCCCCCUCCGGCUGGCAGUGGCAGGGGGACCAGGCGCGAGCACCGGCAUUCAAGGCACCCGAGAUCAACCCACUGUCCGCACCAAAGCAAGCAAGACCACAGCUCUCAGCCGCCGGCCAACUCCAUCAGUCUGACGGUCCCUCAGAGUCCUGACGACUGCCCCAUAUGUGCGCUAUCGCUGAAAGAGGCGGCGAGGGCCGUGGGGGACUCGGCCGACGCCGGGGAGGAAGGCGAGGAGGAUGUUGUGAAAGAGACGGGCAAGGAGGAGAACCAUCUAGAGGAGAGGGGAGAUGGAGAGAAAAAGAAGACGAAGAAGAAGAAGAAGAAGACGUGCUUUGGACAUUGUAGAGAUAUUUGGAAUGAUAUGAGGAGGAAACUGUGGGGCAUCGUGGAGAGCAAAUACUUCAGCAGAGGCAUCAUGAUCGCUAUUCUCAUCAACACCAUCAGUAUGGGCAUCGAACAUCACAACCAGCCCGACGAGCUGACCAAUGUCCUGGAGAUCUGCAACAUCGUCUUCACCAGCAUGUUCACCCUGGAGAUGAUCCUCAAGCUGACUGCUUUCGGCUUCUUCGAGUACCUGAGGAACCCCUACAACAUCUUUGAUGGGAUCAUCGUCAUCAUCAGUGUGUGUGAGAUCAUCGGGCAGGCAGACGGCGGUCUGUCAGUGCUGCGGACCUUCAGACUGCUGAGGGUCAUUAAGCUGGUGAGGUUCAUGCCGGCACUCAGGCGACAGCUGGUGGUGCUGAUGAAGACGAUGGACAAUGUGGCCACGUUCUGUAUGCUGCUCAUGCUCUUCAUCUUCAUCUUCAGUAUCUUGGGGAUGCACAUCUUCGGCUGUAAGUUCAGCCUGAAGACGGAGGCAGGAGACACGGUGCCCGACAGGAAGAACUUUGACUCCCUGCUCUGGGCCAUCGUCACUGUCUUUCAGAUUCUGACUCAGGAGGACUGGAACAUGGUGCUGUAUAACGGGAUGGCGUCCACCUCGCCGUUUGCAGCGCUCUACUUUGUGGCUCUUAUGACAUUCGGAAACUACGUGCUCUUUAAUUUACUGGUCGCCAUCUUGGUUGAGGGUUUCCAAGCUGAGGGUGAUGCAAAUCGCUCCUACUCCGACGACGACAGGUCUUCUUGUAAUUUUGAGGAGAAUGAUAAGCAGAAAGACUCUCUGCAUCUCUCAGACCCAAAGAUCUGUACUCUAACCCCUAAUGGACACCUGGACUUGCCUGCGCUGCCCCCUUGUCUUUUCCAAGGAGAAAGGUUGACCUAUCCUCUCGGCUCCAGGAAGAACAGUGUUAUUUCUCUCGGUAGGGCCAACCUGGAGCAGCGGGCUUUGUAUCCAGGCCGAGCUUACCAAACCUGGGGUCGCCCACUGCCUCCCCAGCCUCAGGCCUUGUGGGCCCGUCGAUCAAGCUGGAACAGCCUUGGAGGGUGCCGCCCCUGCUCCUCCUCAUCUCCCACGGCUAGUCCUGGCUUCACCCCGUCCCCCGCCCGGCCCUUCUACGGUUACGGCCUGGGGGCUCUCGGUGGCGUCGUCGGAGGAAGCCUGCGCAUCCGUGGUCCCCGCGCCUCUUCGUCCCCACACCGCCACCUCCACGACGACCUUCCAGACGAGGAGGAGUCUCUCCUCUCUCCUCCUGCCGUGGCUCCUCGCGGCUCCCUUCACCUUCCUCAACCCAUGCUCCCCGGCCAGUUUGUGCCCAGGAGGGACCGCAGAGCUCUGUCGCUUGAGCUCCCUCACCUGCUGCAGGUUCCGGGACAGCCGCACCCUCCGCCCCCACCGCACCACCCGCUGCCCCCCAUGAUGCUCCACGCUCCCUACAGGAAGAAAAGCUUCUCUGGGGGGGUGGUAAUCAGUGGAGGCGGUGGGCUUGACAGUCUGGGUGUCUUAACAGGGGUGCACCAAGACUGCAAUGGGAAGACUCCUCUGUCUGCUCUCCUGCAGCCCCCUCCCAGAAACCAGACUGAGCAGGCUGGAGGGGUGAACCCCCAAAGCCAGCUGAUGGCUGACGUCUUCCCCCAAGUUAACAACCGCAGCAAGAACCAGGAGGACCUGGAUGAUGACAUUGAAUAUAGCUUGUGCUUCCGCAUCCAGAAGAUGUUGGAGGCGUACAGACCGGAGUGGUGUGAGAGCAGAGAGGACUGGUCUGUGUUCCUCUUCUCCCCGGAUAACAAGUUCAGACAGAUGUGUCAGUCAAUCAUCGCUCACAAGCUCUUUGACUACGUGGUCCUGGCCUUCAUCUUCUCCAACUGCAUCACGGUCGCUCUGGAGCGGCCCAAGAUACUGCAGGGAAGCUUGGAAAGAGUCUUUCUCACCAUCUCCAACUACAUCUUUACUGCGAUCUUUGUGAGCGAGAUGACACUCAAGGUGGUUUCCAUGGGGCUGUAUGUGGGGGAGCAGGCCUAUCUGCGGAGUAGCUGGAACAUUCUGGAUGGCUUUCUGGUUUUUGUGUCUUUGAUUGAUAUCGUCGUGUCCAUGGCGGGCGGGGCCAAGAUCCUGGGCGUGCUAAGAGUGCUCAGGCUGCUCAGGACACUGCGCCCCCUCAGGGUGAUCAGCAGAGCUCCAGGGCUGAAGCUGGUGGUGGAGACCCUCAUCACUUCCCUCAAACCUAUCGGCAAUAUUGUCCUCAUCUGUUGUGCAUUUUUCAUCAUCUUCGGCAUUCUCGGUGUGCAGCUUUUUAAAGGCAAGUUCUUCUACUGCUUUGGGCUUGAUGUCAAAAACAUCACCAACAAGUCGGACUGUCUGCAAGCCAACUACAAGUGGGUCCAUCAUAAGUACAACUUUGACAACCUGGGACAGGCUCUGAUGUCUCUGUUUGUACUUGCCUCGAAGGAUGGCUGGGUUAACAUCAUGUAUCAUGGCCUGGAUGCUGUGGGUGUAGACCAACAGCCGGUGACCAACAACAAUCCGUGGAUGCUGCUAUAUUUCAUCUCCUUCCUCCUCAUUGUCAGCUUCUUUGUCCUGAACAUGUUCGUCGGCGUGGUGGUGGAGAACUUCCACAAGUGCCGGCAGCACCAGGAGGUGGAGGAGGCCAAGAGGCGCGAGGAGAAGCGUCAGCGGCGCAUGGAAAAGAAGAGGAGAAAAGCACAGAAGCUGCCCUACUAUUCCAGCUAUGGCCAAUUACGCCUGUGGAUCCACACACUGUGCACAAGCCACUACCUGGACCUCAUCAUCACCUUCAUCAUCGCCAUCAACGUCAUCACCAUGUCCUUAGAGCACUUCAAUCAACCUCGUUCCCUGGAUCUCGCCCUGAAGUACUGCAACUAUUUCUUCACCUCCACUUUCGUGCUGGAGUCAGUACUCAAACUCAUUGCCUUCGGCUUUCGACGCUUCUUCAAGGAGAGGUGGAACCAGUUGGACCUGGCCAUUGUGCUUCUGUCAGUGAUGGGCAUCACCCUGGAGGAGAUCGAGAUCAGUUCUGCUCUGCCCAUCAACCCCACAAUCAUCAGGAUCAUGAGAGUGCUGAGGAUAGCCCGAGUGCUGAAGCUGCUGAAGAUGGCGACAGGAAUGAGAGCCCUUUUGGAUACGGUGGUUCAAGCCCUGCCUCAGGUGGGUAACCUGGGCCUGCUCUUCAUGCUGCUGUUUUUCAUCUACGCCGCCUUAGGAGUAGAGCUUUUCGGAGAACUUGUUUGCAAUGCAGACUACCCAUGUGAGGGUAUGAGUCGUCACGCUACUUUUGAAAACUUUGGCAUGGCCUUCCUUACUUUGUUUCAAGUCUCCACGGGCGACAACUGGAAUGGCAUUAUGAAGGACACAUUGCGGGAGUGUCCACCUGACCACGGCACAAACGUGGACUACGCCUGCAAUCCGAGCCUUCAGUUUAUCUCGCCCAUGUACUUUGUCUCCUUCGUGCUCACCGCCCAGUUUGUGCUCAUCAAUGUGGUGGUGGCCGUGCUGAUGAAGCACCUGGACGACUCCAACAAGGAGGCCCAAGAGGAGGCGGAGAUGGAUGCGGAAAUUGAGCUGGAGCUGGCCCAGGGCACCCUCUGUUGCAUGGGCGCCCCCGGCUGCGGGGGUGCAAAGAUGGACAAGGGACUGGUCAUUGCGGGAUCGGGGCCCGGGGGCCCGACGGGGGGGAAGGACAGAGGAGGUUCCCGAGGAGAUAACGGAGACGGGAUGAGGAAGAUGCGUCAUGCUUCAGCCGCCGCCCACUCAGGGGGGUACAACUCCCGUGACUCCAGCCUGUACUCACCAGCACAAGAGAGCCAGUGGCUGGACAGUGUAUCUCUCCUCAUCAAGGACACGUUGGAGGGGGAGAUGCUGAUGAUCGACAACCUCUCCGGUUCGGUCUUCCACCACUACUCCUCUCCUCCACCGGUCUGCAAAGACUGCAGGGGCCACCCACUAGAGCAGAUCAGGAUGGCAGAGAUUGAGCAGGCGUCGCUGAAGUCAGAGCAACUUUCAGACAAGUCCUCCUCCCCGGCGCUGCCAGAUGACCUCAGCCUGGACGAACACACAGCCUACCAGCUGUUGGCAAGAGAGUGCAAGGGGAGGUGCAGCAGUGAUUCCCGCAGCUCCGAGGAGGCCGGAGGAGGAGGAGGAGGUCACCACACUCAGACGGUGGUGGAGAGUCAGGUGCAGGGGUCGGGCCAUCCCUGCCUCCUCGCCCUCAGUGCUGGUGGUGACGCGGAUCCUUCGCUGCAGGAGAUGGAGAUGCAAAUACACCAACCGCAUAUGUGCUCACCUCACCGUAGCCCAGGUGGCGUUUCCAACAGCAGCAACAAGGGGAGGACUAAAGAUGGAGAAAGCGGUGCCAGUGGAGUUUCUCCUCUCUUCCAUCUGCCUGCAGAGUUCUUCCACCCUACUGCAGCCGCCAUCCCAGCACCUCCACGCAGCCGGAGCCUACGCCUGACGAGGGGCCUCAGGUUGACCUCUCCAGCCUCCUGGGCUUCGCUACGCUCCCCGGGAGUCCGCAGCAAGAUGCUCUGCACGCAGUACCCCUCCCACAGUGACUCGUCCCUCGCCACAGGCAGCUCCGAGGGCAGCCUCCAGACCACUCUGGAAGAGGGACUGAGCUUCAGCAUCUCUCCACCACAGAACCUGGAGUUUCCUUUGCCGACAGCUCCGCUUCCGCUCGCGUGCCCCAUCACGCUGCCCGAAGACAGCACAGACAUUUCCUCCCCGGUGCGGACCCUGAGACCGAGGCCGAGCCCCUCGUCGGCCCUGACCCUCCAGGCCACAAAGGGGCAUCAGCGGAGCCAGAGCAGUGGGCGAGGCAGCACCAGCCCGGGCUACACGCGGGACGACUCCAUCGACCCUUCAGACGAGGACCUGGGCAUAGUCAUCGGAUCGUCGAUUGGCGGUUGUGGUUCCAGCCAAGCGGGGAACAGUGAACACUUGUCAGAGACGCUGAGCAGCUUGUCGCUGACAUCACUGCUGUCCCCCAGCUCUCUGGUGUACCCCGGGGGAGCGGUGAAGAAGUGUAACAGCACGGGCAGCCUGGACCAGGGGGGUUUGCUUCUGUCGUCCCGCUGCAGAGAGGGCCGCAGGGAGAUCUUGGGCCUGGAGAUCAUGGACCCUCAAGGCUUCUUGGCCAACCCCUGGACUGGGGUAUUAGUGGACACAAGAAGAGGAGAAGGAAGAGGGGAGCUGGGCGACGGCGAGCAGGGCUUUAAAGGGAAGAGCUCAAGCCAAACAACAGUCGGGUCUUGUCGGAAGAACAGAUGAAACCGACUUUUCUCCUUUUUCUUUGUCCUCACCAUUCCUUGGAUCUAAUCCCAUUGCUGUCCUUCUCACUCUCUCUGCUCCCAUCGUGAGAGAGAGGCUCGAUGACACACGAUGUCUUGAAUCCAGAACCAAACCCUCAUCUCGCACCCUCAACCCCUCUUCUAUACAUUUUGUGACAAGCCCAUGUCCAACUUUGCGCUAGCUUGGGGGAGUCGUUUUGGUUUUUUAGCCUGCUGGUGAAGAAAUGGCCUGCAGAGUUAAAAGCCCGAGGGCUGAAAAUAGGUCCUUAAAGCCUCUUUGGGGGUUGUACCUGAGGAAAAGGACCAUGGAAGUGUUUUUGCUCAUUUUUGAAGAACAGGGCGUGCAUUUUUAUCAGGGAGUCAUUUGGAGCAGAGACAAAAGAGCUUAACCUCAAAGACACAGAAAGACGAUGCUCAGCGGGAAGUUUCCUUUUCUCCGCGUUGGCUUGGGGUUGAAGUGCAAAAAUAGAAGUACCAAAACUGAAAUAGCUAUUCAUACCAACAGAGGCUGUUUGAUGUGUUUUUCACUCGGAGGCAGUGCAGGAAAAGCAAGUGGAAGGAGGCUAAGAGAUGGCAGAACAUAUCAAGGGCGGAAGGAAAGGCUGGGGAAGGAGAAGGCAGGUGAUUUGUUUGGCCCGGGCGAGCAGGAGCGGAUCUAAUGUCCAUCUGCUCCGGCAGACGGAAACAACAGGUCCCGCUCACUCCUGCCACGGGACCUUCUGCUGGGUUCAGAGUGAAACGCGAGGUGGACGAGAGUUCAGGAGUGUGUGCUCGAUUUGUGUGUUUGCGUGUGUGUGAGAAGCACUGCCUCAGGUAUCCAAGGCAUGAAUUAAAAAUCAUCACUUCACUGUACCUCUGGAACAGGAGAUUGAUCAAAGCUGAUUGAUCAAAGCUUUGUGCGCCUCGCUUCAACUUACUCUCGAGCGGCGGCGGGAAAUUGAAAAAAAAGAAAUUGACAGAUCGCAGAGGUAGAACUGUGCAUGGAGUGAUUUGUGAAAUUUGUUUUAUUUUUAUUUCUAUCUGCAGCAUCUGUCACUCGCUCAAAAAUAAAUAAAAAAAAGAGCUCAGUUGGAUGGAAUGCUACAAACACCCUAUCACAAGAAACAAUAAUGUGUGUCUGGGGCCCGCCUUGUGUGCACCAAAAACAAAUUCACUGCUUCUUCAUAAAGUGAGACCUGAAAGCACACUCUUUUUGACGCCCCCCUUCCUCUCACCGUGCUUUAGGAUUCGAGCUGAACGGACAAACCCCUACGGGAGCUGUGAUGGACUCGCCUGCAUGAUGGAAUUGCAUUUAACCAAGAUUUUUUUAUAUAUAAACAGAAGUGUAAGAAGAUGUCAAUGUCGGGUGAUAACAUGAUUUCUAUUCCACUAUUUUUCUAGAAAAAAGAGAGUAGGCACGUGCAAGUCUCGACUUUGUCCUCGUAUCAUUUAACCCGUAACCGACUUGUUGUCUAGGACUUUUUUGUGUCUUGCCAGUGGCUUCCAGUUUUAUAACAUUUUUUUAAGGUGUGGACAGUGUAUAAAACAAAGAAGCAAAAAAUUCAAAUGAACUCUGUUGCGCUGAAGUGUUUGUUCCCCUCCAGCACAUAUCUCUCUGGGAACACUGGUUUCCUGUUUGAUUCUUUUUUCCAAACGACGGAGUCCCAGAGGACAACCAAGAGAUGGGGAACAGCCAUAUUCACUCACAGCACAUGAGGAUCGUUUCUAGCUCACAGACAUUUCCUGUUUGCACACAGGGAACUUGUUUGCUUUAAGCCUCCUAUGUUAAAAAAAAACAAAAAAAAAAACAUGAAUAGCUUCAACCAUCUCUAUGAAAGCUUUAUUUUGAGAGUUACACCACAUAUACAUAUCGAUUCUGGACACAUUUGUGUUCCUCAAGCAUGGUUCUGGGAUUGCAAUACAGUAUGCUUCUUCUUUAAUGCACUCAUCUCCUCGUCCCCUCGUCUCCUCACACAUACAGUCUGUUGUAGCAAACUCUUCCACACACCAUGGUUUAUACAUGAAUGGGUAAACGUUGCAUCUUUUUAAUGCAAACUAAUUUUUUGUUAUUCACCCCAUUCUUACCGGAGAUGCUCAUCCUUCCGCCUGAGUUCUAGACGUAGAUUGUUGUAUCCUGAGUGUUUGGAUCAUUACCUUUUUUUUUUUUUUUUUUUUUUUUUUUUUAAUUUCUCAAAUAGAAUAAGGUGAUGAGAGAAAAUCCAGUCUGACCUUUUUCAUCAUGCAAAAUCACUUUGAUGACUAUGUCUUCUCACAUGGUGUUGGGUAUCAAUGAGUGAUAGUAAAGACAGUUGUGCGUGUGUGUGUGUGUGUGUGUGUGUGUGUGUGUGUGUGUGUGUGUGUGUGUGUGUGUGUGUGUGUGUGUGUGUGUGUGUGUGUGUGUGUGUGUGCGUGUGUGUUUACGACUUCAGGUGAAGUGAUUGCCUUUUCCUGAAGUGUCCUGUUUGUUGGCGAGGAAACCUGAUAUUAAAGCAAGAGAAAACAGGAAGCAACCAAGGGCUGUUUUAGCUUCAAAGAUAUGUCCUUCUAUCUUUCUGAGACAAAAAUCCUUUUUGUCAGUGAAUAUGGCAUCAAAGGUUAAAGCCUGACUACGCAGCAAUAAAUGUUCUCUGUGUACGCCCUGAGUAAACGAUGUCAAUGUGAUUUUUAUCUCCUCAAACACAUACAGUAUCCAUUACUGUCUCUAAUCCGAUCACAUCGCAACCUCUGCCCUCUCGGCGACCAAUCAGUGGAGAGAGAUGGGCUGCAAUUGAACGACAUGAACUAAUGAGGUCAUUGAACUCAGGUCGGGGGGUAAAAACCACUACUCACAUUUUUAAAGAUUAGCUGUAAAGGUGUGCUCAGACUGACCUCGGAGGGAAUUUUGCAGCUUGCUUUAUUCCGCACAAAUUCGACUGCUGGAGUGUUUUUUUUAAACGCCGCAGACAGUAGAUGCACCUGCAGUUCCAGAUGUUAGCUGUAACUACCUAACAAUGCACCACCUGUGUGUGUGUAAGCAGAGUGUGCCUUUGUACAGUAUGUAUGUGUGUGUGCUAUGACUUUGGCUCAGACUGAUUUAAAAAAAACUUGCCGGGAGCUCCAGUUUCCUCCUGACUCUUUGUCUCUGCAAAUUCAUGAAGUGAUGAAGUCGAGUGGCGGUGGGAUAAGCACACAUUUUAUCGAAAAAGUAUCUUGACCUGUGCAGACAUGUUUUUUUUGCUUCAACUCACGCUGCCUUGAAAUAAAACUGUCCACCUCUUCUGUACGAUGAAUUUGUAUGCAGCCACGCGGCCUCUGAGAGUUGCUUUUGAGUUCAGUCUGAACACAACUUGAGAGUGUACAAUUCACAUUUGUACAUAUCUUUGUAUCUUGAUCUGCAUGUGUGCAUUGCUGCCAGUGACCAUGAUUAUAUCAUUAGUAUGCAUUUCAUAAAAAUUGUACAAAGAUAAAGGAAAUGCCCCCACA